UUUAUCAGAAAAAAUAUCAGUAGUCGAUGAUUAUCGAUUUUUUUGGCUAAAUCGGGGAAAAAUAAAAACCAGAGAUAGAGCGCAUGGGACUCAGUGAUGAUGAGAAGAUAACGUAGAGACGUGAUAUGGUUAUAAGAAGCUGACGUCACUCUGAAACCGCGAUUCAAGGAUCUUUCUCUGUUUUAUUUUUUUUUACUUGUCUGUAUAUAUACACAUAAGAAGCUCGUCGAGUAUCAAUGUCUACGGCUUCUUGGAUUCAGCCUCCUUGUAGAUUCUUACCAGAUCGUCAUCGUGGUGGUGGUGGUUUCGCUAAGCCAAGCUUUAGCAGAGCAAGGCAGUUUCCAGGCGUCGUUUCUUAUUCUUCCUCGUGCUCUUGUGGCCAUUCCGAGAUUUUGACUUUCGAUCAUUUCGGGUCUAACAGAAGGUGGAACCAGCGGGGUCUCAGAGUUCAAGCAAUGAGUGCUACAGCACAACGUAAUUUCUCGCUAUCUAAAGGUGACGCCGAUGAGAAAACUGAACCUGAUCACCUUCUUGUUCUUGUACACGGCAUCUUGGCCAGUCCCAGUGACUGGCUCUACGUAGAAGCUGAGAUGAAAAGACGCCUUGGUAGAAGAUUCUUGAUUUAUGCAAGUUCUUCAAAUACGUUCACUAAAACGUUUGGCGGGGUCGAUGGAGCUGGGAAACGACUAGCAGAAGAGGUUAGGCAGGUUGUCCAAAAGAGCAAGAGCCUAAAGAAGAUAUCCUUUUUAGCCCACUCCCUCGGUGGCUUAUUUGCCAGGCAUGCUGUCGCCGUUCUUUACUCGGCAGCAGCAGCAGUGUCACAAACCAGUGAUGGUGCUGCUCUGCUCUCUAACUCCGGGAACUCACAUCUUCCCCGAGGUAGGAUUGCUGGGCUCGAGCCGAUUAAUUUCAUCACCUUGGCAACACCUCAUCUAGGAGUCAGAGGCAGAAAGCAGCUGCCUUUCUUGUUGGGACUUCAGAUAUUAGAAAGACUUGCUGCGCCGUUAGCUCCAUUCGUUGUCGGUCGGACUGGUAGCCAGUUGUUUCUUACUGAUGGUAAAGCUGAUAAACCACCUCUUCUCUUGAGAAUGGCUUCUGAUUGUGAAGAUCUUAAAUUCUUAUCGUCCUUGGGGUCGUUCCGAAGCCGCAUUGUAUAUGCGAACGUAUCUUAUGACCACAUGGUUGGUUGGCGUACAUCUUCCAUAAGGAGAGAAACUGAACUUUUCAAGCCUCCACGGCGGUCUCUAGAUGGAUACAAGCAUGUGGUGGACGUAGAAUACUGCCCACCUGUUUCGUCAGAUGGAGCCCAUUUCCCUCCAGAAGCUGCUAAAGCCAAGGAAGCCGCACAAAGCUCGCCUAGUCCUCAGAACACACUCGAGUAUCAUGAAAUAGUUGAAGAUGAGAUGAUCCGUGGCCUGCAGACUUUAGGAUGGAAGAAAGUUGAUGUCAGCUUCCACUCCACCUUCUGGCCUUACUUAGCUCAUAACAACAUUCACGUGAAAAGUGAAAGACUCUAUAAAGCAGGAGCUGGAGUUGUUGCCCAUGUUGCGGAUAGCAUAAAACAGCAAGAGUCUUCCACGUUCAUCAGAGCCAGCUUGUAGACUGUGUAAAGUCGUCGAGUGUUUAACCCCGGUUGAUGUUGAUUUCCGGUUGCUUUCCACCACGACAUUUGAAUUUUUCUUUACUACGGUUUUGGAAAUUGGUCCAAUCUUUACUUUUUUUCUUUUCCAGUUCGUCUGUACAUUAUUUUCUUCUAUUAGCUUGGUGAUUUUACAACACUUGAAAGUUGGUAUUAAAAAAAUACACAUUUUUGUUUUCCAA